UAUGUGUGUUGUAUUAUGCAAUAUAAUAAUACCCAAUAGAGUGAUUUUUCUCUCUAGAGUGAAUUGUUAGGGAUAAUACUGGCAAAUUGAAUAACUAAAAGAGGGAUCAGUUCUGAAAGAAACAUCUGCAUCUGGCAAUAAUCCAAACCUUUAAUUCUCGCCCGGUGAUUUUACCCAUCCUAAUUCUUUUCGUCGUACUGAGCCGCGAUCUCCUUCACUGAAGACGUGUUAAAACAUCCCUCCUCUUGCAACUGUGUCCGUGUGGAAGGACAGGUGCCUGUGACUGUUACUGACCUGAGCCCGAACAUCUGGAGACAGCUGCGGGGCAGCCCAGCUUCUCAUGUCAAUCUCCCAGCCCUUGACAUAGGAAUCUUUAAGCUUCACAACACAGAAAACUUCUGCGCCAACUGGGCUGCCGCUUUCCCCGACCCUCGGCUGCCCCGGGCCCUGGUCCCGCUUUGGAGGAUAUAAAAUGUAUCAGAGUUUAGCUCUAGCCCCCAACCAUGGGCAAUCGGCUUAUUCCCACGACUCCAGCAAUUUCCUGCACUCGUCGGCCAGCUCCCCGGUGUACGUGCCCACCACCCGGGUGCCCUCCAUGCUGCAGACCCUGCCUUAUCUGCAAGGCUGCGAGACAGCCCACCAGAGCCACCCCCUGGGCAACCACCCGGGCUGGGCGCAGACCGGCGGCGAGGCAUCGGCCUUCAACCCGAGCAGCCCUCAUCCGUCUUCGGGCUUCCCCUACUCGCACAGUCCGCCCGUCAGCAACAACGCCGGCCGGGAGGGAGCCUACCAGAACCCGCUGCUUCUGGGCGGCGGGGCCAGGGAGCAGUACAGCAAUGCCUUGGUGCGCUCGGUCAAUGGAUCCUACACCAGCCCCUACCCUGCCUACGUGAGCCCGGAGAUGCCUCCCUCCUGGACCGCGGGACACUUUGAAAGCAGCGUCCUGCACAGUCUCCAGACAAGGCAGGCUGCCUUGCCGGGCAGGAGAUCCACUUUCGUUUCAGAGUACUUGGAAGAAUUCCCCGGGGAUGGCCGAGAGUGUGUGAACUGCGGGGCGAUGUCCACCCCGCUCUGGAGAAAGGAUGGCACCGGGCACUACCUGUGCAACGCCUGCGGGCUCUAUCACAAAAUGAAUGGCAUCAACCGACCGCUCAUCAAGCCACAGAAGAGGCUGUCUUCGUCGAGACGUGCUGGUCUUUGUUGCACUAACUGUCACACAACCAAUACUACCCUCUGGAGACGGAAUGCAGAAGGAGAGCCAGUCUGCAAUGCCUGUGGAUUAUACAUGAAACUCCAUGGGGUGCCACGACCUCUGGCAAUGAAAAAGGAAAGCAUCCAGACAAGGAAAAGGAAACCUAAAAACAUUACCAAAGGCAAAACCUCAACAGGGUCUACAACUUCAGCCACUAACUCCCCUUCUUCCAUUACAAACUCAGACAGCACCGUCACUUUAAAAACCGAAUCCAACGUGACAUCACAGUACCCCGGACAAACCCUAGUGUCAGUCUCCCAGGCUCAAAGCCAAUCGGAUGACACACUGGCCAGCGGCCAUUCCGAGUUCAAAUUUGAACCUGAGGAUUACACCUUCACUUCCGCUACCAUGACUCAACAGUCAGGACUAAGCAUUCCCCUCCGUCAGGACUCUUGGUGUGCACUGGCAUUGGCCUAGAAACGAGGCUUCCAAUAAAACACUUUGAACCAACCUUUCUACCUUCCCCGCUAAUGGAUAACAGGCAAAAGGAAUGGCUGCCUUAGAGCUUUGGGACUGAAAGGUUUCAAGUAGUCAAUAUAUGAUUCUAUGUUCAAAGACAGAUUUCUCUCGGAAGCUGUGAGUGAAAGCUUAGAAAAUGUUGGCUGUACUUGGCCAAGUUCAUUCUUCCUGACUGACUGGUUCGGUGGUACUCACUCCUCUAAAAGCUUUCACUCUGCAGAAGUGAACUGGAGACGCCUCCCCAAAGCAAAAGAAAUGGGGAUGUCUCUCUUUUCAUGAGGAAUCCUUUAUCUUCCCGAGACGAAACAAAUAAAUACAUCCCAGAAUCUAUGUUUAUUCAUGAUUAUUUCUCCCUUCUAUGACUCCUCUGUGUGCAAUUUCUUCCACUUUCCAAUAAAGACUGUGAUAAUAUGG